CCACACGAGCAAUUCUCGCGAGAAUUCGAUUUGUGUCCUUGAUAAGUCCGAAAUGGGGUACUGGGACCUACCGGAAGGUACAGACUGUGUGGAAAAAACAUGGAUUGCUACGAAACUUGGCACGGCUUUAGGGCUGGUUGGUUCAGCUUAUCACAUAGUGGCGUUCCAACCUGACUCUGCAGUGGCAGCGUUACAGAGGGCUACCAACUCAACAGUUACCAUGGCUGCCAUGGGAGCCAUCUUUGGAAUGACAACAUGUCUCAGUGCUCAGGCCCGUGAAGCUCCAGACGACCCGCUGAAUUAUUUUAUCGGCGGCUGUGCCUCGGGGAUUUUUUUGGGAGCACGAACUCACAGUGCUAUAACUGGUACAUCUGCGUGCCUGGGUCUUGGAACACUGGCUUUCUUUACAAAAGUGGGCAAGAUGGAGGGAUGGAAACUUGCUGGACCACCUAAACUAUAAGAGGAAGAUGCCCGGAAGAUUGUUAUAUUGUAAAAAAUACCUAAUGUAAUAAAGUUUUUUGAAAAGGCCAAAAAAAA